AUGAGCAGGUCUCGCGCUUCCAUCCAUCGGGGGAGCAUCCCCGCGAUGUCCUAUGCCCCCUUCAGAGAUGUACGGGGACCCCCUAUGCACCGAACCCAAUACGUUCAUUCCCCGUAUGAUCGUCCUGGUUGGAACCCUCGGUUCUGCAUCAUCUCGGGGAACCAGUUGCUCAUGCUGGAUGAGGAUGAGAUACACCCCCUUCUGAUCCGGGACCGGAGGAGCGAGUCCAGCCGCAACAAACUGCUGAGACGCACGGUCUCCGUGCCGGUGGAGGGGCGGCCCCACGGCGAGCAUGAAUACCACUUGGGUCGCUCGAGGAGGAAGAGUGUCCCAGGGGGGAAGCAGUACAGCAUGGAGGCCGCCCCCGCUGCACCCUUCCGGCCCUCGCAAGGCUUCCUGAGCCGUCGGCUAAAAAGCUCCAUCAAACGCACGAAGUCCCAACCCAAACUUGACCGGACCAGCAGCUUUCGCCAGAUCCUGCCUCGCUUCCGAAGUGCUGACCAUGACCGGGCCCGGUUGAUGCAAAGUUUUAAAGAGUCACACUCUCAUGAGUCCUUGCUGAGUCCUAGCAGUGCAGCUGAGGCCUUGGAACUCAACUUGGAUGAAGAUUCCAUUAUCAAGCCAGUACAUAGCUCCAUCCUGGGCCAGGAGUUCUGCUUUGAGGUAACAACGUCAUCUGGAACAAAAUGUUUUGCCUGCCGGUCUGCAGCUGAAAGGGACAAAUGGAUUGAGAAUCUACAGAGGGCAGUAAAACCCAACAAGGACAAUAGCCGCCGGGUAGAUAAUGUGCUGAAGUUAUGGAUCAUAGAGGCCCGGGAGCUGCCCCCCAAGAAGCGAUACUACUGUGAGCUCUGCCUGGAUGACAUGCUGUAUGCACGCACCACCUCCAAGCCCCGCUCUGCCUCUGGGGACACCGUCUUCUGGGGCGAGCAUUUCGAGUUUAACAACCUGCCGGCUGUCCGUGCCCUCCGGCUGCAUCUGUACCGUGACUCAGACAAAAAGCGCAAGAAGGACAAGGCGGGCUAUGUUGGCCUGGUGACUGUGCCAGUGGCCACCCUGGCUGGGCGCCACUUCACAGAGCAGUGGUACCCUGUGACCCUGCCAACAGGCAGUGGGGGCUCUGGGGGCAUGGGCUCAGGAGGGGGAGGGGGUUCAGGGGGUGGCUCAGGGGGCAAAGGCAAAGGAGGUUGCCCGGCAGUGAGGCUGAAAGCACGUUACCAGACAAUGAGUAUCCUGCCCAUGGAGCUGUAUAAAGAGUUUGCAGAGUAUGUCACCAAUCAUUAUCGGAUGCUGUGUGCAGUAUUGGAGCCCGCCCUGAAUGUCAAGGGCAAGGAAGAGGUUGCCAGUGCACUGGUUCAUAUCCUGCAGAGUACAGGCAAGGCCAAGGACUUCCUUUCAGACAUGGCCAUGUCAGAGGUAGACCGGUUCAUGGAAAGGGAGCACCUCAUAUUCCGCGAGAACACGCUCGCCACUAAAGCCAUAGAAGAGUAUAUGAGACUGAUUGGUCAGAAAUACCUCAAGGAUGCCAUUGGAGAGUUCAUCCGUGCACUAUAUGAAUCUGAGGAGAACUGCGAGGUAGAUCCCAUCAAGUGCACGGCAUCCAGUCUGGCAGAACACCAGGCCAACCUGCGAAUGUGCUGUGAGUUGGCCCUGUGCAAGGUGGUCAACUCCCAUUGCGUGUUCCCGAGGGAGCUGAAGGAGGUGUUUGCAUCUUGGAGGCUGCGCUGCGCAGAGCGGGGCCGGGAGGACAUCGCUGACAGGCUGAUCAGCGCCUCGCUCUUCCUGCGCUUCCUCUGCCCAGCCAUUAUGUCGCCCAGUCUCUUUGGGCUCAUGCAGGAGUACCCAGAUGAGCAGACCUCAAGAACCCUCACCCUUAUCGCCAAGGUCAUCCAGAACCUGGCCAACUUUUCCAAGUUUACCUCAAAGGAGGACUUUCUGGGUUUCAUGAAUGAGUUUCUGGAGCUGGAGUGGGGCUCCAUGCAGCAGUUCCUGUACGAGAUCUCCAACCUGGACACACUGACCAACAGCAGUAGCUUUGAGGGCUACAUUGACUUGGGUCGCGAGCUCUCCACACUGCAUGCCCUGCUCUGGGAGGUGCUGCCCCAGCUCAGUAAGGAAGCCCUCCUGAAGCUGGGCCCAUUACCCCGGCUCCUCAACGACAUCAGCACAGCCCUGAGGAAUCCCAACAUCCAAAGGCAGCCAAGCCGUCAGAGUGAGCGGCCUCGGCCUCAGCCCAUGGUGCUGAGGGGGCCAUCAGCAGAGAUGCAGGGCUACAUGAUGCGGGACCUCAACAGCUCCAUCGACCUUCAGUCCUUCAUGGCUCGAGGCCUCAACAGUUCUAUGGACAUGGCUCGCCUCCCCUCCCCAACCAAGGAAAAGCCUCCCCCACCACCACCUGGUGGGGGUAAAGACCUGUUCUAUGUGAGUCGGCCACCGCUGGCCCGGUCCUCACCAGCAUACUGCACGAGCAGCUCCGACAUUACAGAGCCGGAGCAGAAGAUGCUGAGUGUCAACAAGAGUGUGUCCAUGCUGGACCUACAAGGCGAUGGGCCUGGUGGCCGCCUCAACAGCAGUAGUGUUUCCAAUCUGGCAGCUGUUGGGGACCUGCUGCACUCAAGCCAGGCCUCACUGACAGCAGCUUUGGGGCUACGGCCUGCACCUGCUGGACGCCUCUCCCAGGGGAGUGGCUCAUCCAUCACGGCAGCUGGCAUGCGCCUCAGCCAGAUGGGUGUCACCACGGACGGUGUCCCUGCUCAGCAACUGCGCAUCCCCCUCUCCUUCCAGAACCCUCUGUUCCACAUGGCUGCUGAUGGGCCAGGGCCCCCAGGGGGGCAUGGAGGGGGCAGUGGCCAUGGCCCACCCUCCUCCCAUCAUCACCAUCACCACCAUCAUCACCACCGAGGUGGAGAGCCCCCAGGGGACACCUUUGCCCCAUUCCAUGGCUAUAGCAAGAGUGAGGACCUUUCAUCAGGGGUCCCUAAGCCCCCCGCCGCCUCCAUCCUUCACAGCCACAGCUACAGUGAUGAGUUUGGACCCUCUGGCACUGACUUCACCCGUCGGCAGCUCUCACUCCAGGACAACCUGCAGCACAUGCUUUCCCCUCCCCAGAUCACCAUUGGUCCCCAGAGGCCAGCCCCCUCAGGGCCCGGAGGUGGGAGCGGUGGGGGCAGUGGUGGGGGUGGGGGUCAGCCACCUCCUUUACAGAGGGGCAAGUCUCAGCAGUUGACAGUCAGCGCUGCCCAGAAACCCCGACCAUCCAGUGGAAACCUGUUGCAGUCUCCGGAGCCGAGUUAUGGCCCCGCCCGUCCACGGCAACAGAGCCUCAGCAAGGAGGGCAGCAUUGGGGGCAGCGGGGGCAGCGGUGGCGGAGGGGGUGGGGGGCUCAAGCCCUCCAUCACCAAGCAGCAUUCUCAGACGCCAUCCACGCUGAACCCCACGAUGCCAGCCUCAGAGCGGACCGUGGCCUGGGUCUCCAAUAUGCCUCACCUGUCAGCUGACAUUGAGAGUGCCCACAUCGAACGGGAAGAGUAUAAGCUCAAGGAAUACUCGAAAUCAAUGGAUGAGAGCCGGCUAGAUAGGGUGAAGGAGUACGAGGAGGAGAUUCACUCACUGAAGGAGCGGCUGCACAUGUCCAACCGGAAGCUGGAAGAGUAUGAGCGGAGGCUGCUGUCCCAGGAAGAACAGACCAGCAAAAUCCUGAUGCAGUAUCAAGCCCGACUGGAGCAGAGUGAGAAGAGGCUGAGGCAGCAGCAGGUGGAAAAGGAUUCACAGAUCAAGAGCAUCAUUGGCAGGCUGAUGCUGGUGGAGGAGGAGCUGCGCCGGGACCACCCCGCCAUGGCUGAGCCGCUGCCCGAACCCAAGAAGAGGCUGCUCGACGCUCAGGAGAGGCAGCUUCCCCCCUUGGGUCCAACAAACCCGCGUGUGACGCUGGCCCCACCUUGGAACGGCCUGGCCCCCCCAGCCCCACCCCCCCCACCCCGGCUGCAGAUCACGGAGAACGGCGAGUUCCGAAACACCGCAGACCACUAG